GGGGAGAGAACAAGAAGAAGUAGAAUUUUUGGUAGACACAGGAGCAACGUACUCGGUUUUGAAUCAAGCUUUAAUACCACUGGGGGACGACUAUGUUAUGGUAAAGGGAGCGACCGGCCAAUCUGAAAAGGCGUAUUUUUGUAAACCUUUAGAGUAUAAAUUGGGAAAGCAAUGGGGAAUUCAUAAAUUCCUUUAUAUGCAUAACUCCCUAAAAGCUCUCCUGGGGAGGGACUUGCUGGAACAACUGGAAGCAAAAAUUGUCUUUGAAAAAGGGGAAGUCACCUUGGAGGUAAAAGAUCAGCAGUACAUUCAAGAAAUUUUAGACCAAGUAUAUCCGGGAGUUUGGGCUACCGAUGUACCUGGAAGGGCAAAAAACGCUCUACUGAUUGAGGUUAGGAUCAAGGAAGGUCAACGACCGGUGAGAAUUAAACAGUAUCCUUUAAAAAGGGAGGAUAGGGAAGGAAUCCGACCAGUAAUAGAAAAAUUUUUGCAAUUAGGGUUACUAGAAGAGUGUGAGUCUGAGUUCAAUACCCCUAUACUGCCCGUUCGGAAACCUGAUGGGUCGUAUAGGGUGGUUCAGGACUUACGGGCUGUGAAUAGAAUAGUUGAAGAUCUCUACCCAGUGGUAGCAAACCCAUAUACCCUGUUAACUGUAUUAACACCAGAGUUGAUUUGGUUUACUGUCUUAGAUUUGAAGGACGCCUUCUUUUGCCUUCCUCUCCAUAAAGCCAGCCAAAAGUUGUUUGCAUUUGAAUGGGAAAAUCCUAAAACUGGUCAAAAGACCCAGCUCACCUGGACGGUGUUGCCACAAGGGUUCAAGAAUAGCCCUACUCUUUUUGGCAACCAGCUUGCAAAGGACUUGGAAUCCUGGGAAGCCCCAUCCGAAAAAGGAAAAUUAUUGCAGUACGUGGACGACAUUUUGAUCGCUACUGAGACAGAAGAGGACUGUGCAACGUGGACGCCCCUGUAUGCGCUAACGAACACCGAACAGACGCACCUCGAAUGGGAUGAGGAGGCUGAGCGAGCCUUCGAUUCACUGAAGAAGGCUUUGAUGUCGGCCCCAGCUCUAGGACUCCCAGAUGUGAGUAAACCGUUUCUUCUCUUUUCUUAUGAGAAGCAGGGCAUUGCCCUGGGAAUACUGGCACAAGACCUAGGUCCAUACCGACGAGCUGUCGCCUACCGCUCUAAACAACUAGAUGCGACUGCAGAAGGGUGGCCUGGGUGUCUGCGAGCAGUGUCUGCCCUGAUAUUGAACAUACAGGAAGCUCGGAAGUUCACUCUGGGCCAGAAAAUGACUGCCUAUGUGUCCCAUACAGUAUCGGCAGUCCUGGAAGCAAAGGGAGGGCAUUGGCUCUCCCCACAAAGAUUUCUGAGAUACCAAGCUGCACUAGUAGAACAAGAUGAUGUACAGAUAAUAGUCACUAAUAUUGUCAACCCAGGUUCUUUCCUCAGCGGUAACGUGGGGGAACAAGUGCACCAUGACUGUUUGGAAACAACUGAGGCGACAUACUCAAGUCGCCCUGACCUGAAGGAAAGCCCCAUGAAGGAUGAGGAGAGCUGGUUCACGGACGGAAGCAGUUACGUCCUGAACGGUAAUCGACACGUGGGGUAUGCCGUUACCACCAGUCAAAAGGUAAUAGAAUCAGGACCUCUGCCUGCAAAUACUUCUGCACAAAAGGCAGAAAUAAUCGCUUUAACCCGAGCUCUGGAACUGGCCAAGGGUAAGAUCAUAAACAUAUACACGGACUCCAAAUACGCUUUCGGAGUUAUACAUGCACAUGGAGCAAUCUGGAAAGAAAGAGGACUAUUGAACUCCCAAGGGAAAAACAUCAAACAUGCGGAGGAAAUUUUUAAACUAUUAGAAGCUGUUCAACUUCCUGAGAAGGUGGCGAUUAUGCAUAUUAAAGCACACCAAAAGGUGAACUCUGAAUUGGAAAAAGGAAACGAGCUGGCGGAUAGGGAGGCAAAACGGGCUGCCAAAAUAGAGAUAAAGACGGAAGGAGCACUUAUUCCCGAUAGGCAAAUUUCCCUGGAAAGUAAACCAGAAUAUACCAGGGAGGAUCAGAAACUUAUUGCAGAUCUGGAAGGGACAUAUAAGAAGGAAGGGCAGGUGACUCGACAAUGCAACAUCUGCCUCCGGACUAAUCCCAAAAACGCCCCCAAACUAGAAAUGGGUCAGAUUGGGAAGGGCAACGGGCCUGGGCAACAAUGGCAAGUAGAUUUUACGGAAUUACCAAGAAAAGGGGGGUAUCGAUAUUUGUUGGUACUGACUGAUACCUUUUCAGGCUGGCCAGAAGCAUUCCCUACUAGAACAGCUAAGGCUUGGGAAGUAACUAAAGUACUGAUACAAGAAAUAAUACCACGAUUUGGGGUUCCGGCAAUCAUAUCCUCAGAUAGAGGACCACACUUUGUCUCAAAAGUAGUACAACAAAUUAGCCACCAUUUGGGUAUAGAUUGGCAGCUUCAUACCCCGUACCGCCCUCAGUUGAGCGGUCAAGUGGAAAAGAUGAACCACUUAAUCAAACAGCAAAUUGUAAAAUUGGGGCAAGAAGCAAACCUGACAUGGCCUCAGUCCUUGCCCUUGGCCCUUUUACGCAUACGGACAAGGCCAAGGGCAAGGGAAGGGCUAAGCCCCUUUGAAAUUUUAUAUGGACAACCAUACGGGGUACAAAAAGGAAUAUCCACACAAAUUGGAGAUGAAAUCAUGAGCUCCUACAUGAUGGCGUUAGGGAAGCAACUCAAUAAGAUCAGAAAACAUGUAAUUGGUACUCGAGGUAGAGGGCUGGAUGGACCUGUACAUGAUGUACAACCUGGGGACUAUGUGUAUGUUAAGUCUCUUACAGAGAAAACCUUGGAGCCACAGUGGGAAGGGCCAUUCCAGGUGCUGCUCACGACGUUUACAGCCAUCAAGAUUAGGGAAUACUCGUCCUGGAUACAUCACACCCGAGUAAAGAAAGCCCAUAAAUCCCCAUGGAAAGUUACCCAAGUUCGGCCAGGAAGAUUACGCUUCUCACAAUAAGUCUGAUAAUCAUUUUUCCUCUAAUGCAUAGUCGAAGGUUCAGUGAAUGGCCAUGGUCCCAGGCUUACAUUGGGCAUACUAAUAAGACUAGAAAUGUGAGCAACCACACGUUGGCUACUAUAGUUAUGCAGGAGACAAUUGUGCCCACAAAAGAAGAAUGGGAUGCCUAUCCAGGAGAACCACAAUUGCAGGGAACAUUGGGACAAGAAAUUAAAAUUCAGAUGCAGAGCAUUUAAUAGCUCUACUUACUGGGCAGGAAAACAAAGGCUGUUUGGGACAAAGCCACCAAUUUUGAAAGGAGAUUCCAAUCUUGGUGGACUAUGGUGAAUUUUACUUAUGACCCCACUACUAACAUAGCUACUGCCUUUGUACUCACUAUACAUAAUGCCACAGUUUAUGUAAUCCACCCCAUCAUUGCAUUAGGAUUGAAUCAUGAGGACACAGUGCUCUAUCCUUCAGAACAUAGAGCAU